AGGGACGCAAACUUUUUUUUUUUAACAUUUGGUUAAACAGUUGCUACUCAGCAACCCACAUAUUUAAUACUAUUUUGACCUGAGGAAUAGUAAUGUGAGAAUAUGUUGUAGCUGGUUAUGAUCCAGUGUAGACUGUACGGGCAGCAGUGAAAACCUGGGAUCAAAAUAAUCUUCAGAGAGGGAAAUAGCCAACUUGUUUUCACCUGGAAGCCGCUCAAAGGACCCUUGGGUGGUCCUCGGACCCCAUUUUGGAAACUCUCCUGCCACAGCCUAAUGCAGCUUAAACUUCACGAGAAGAGAAUCCUGUCAGUGCCUCUACCAGACGAGGUCGAGCCCGGCUCGGAUUUUGAAGACUCGUUAGACCGCUGCAUAGCUGCGCGUAGAGUGUGAAAACAGCCCUAAGAAACUAACCACAGGUGUGUCGGAUGAAAGAACAGGAAGCGAUUUGGCCCCAGCUCGGAUAAUACGUGUUUGUGAUGGAGUGGCGUCAGCAGUCCACUGUCAGCUACGACGAAGCCUACUUGGAGGCGCAGAGAUGGAUUGAGGCAGUAACCAAGAAAACAUUUGGGAGCGACGACUUCCGAUCAGCGCUGGAGAAUGGGGUUCUGUUGUGUGAUCUGAUCAACAAGAUCAAGCCUGGUAUAAUCAAGAGGGUUAACAGACUGCCCACACCUAUUGCUGGACUGGACAACCUUAACGUCUUCCUCAAGGCCUGCGGGAAGCUCGGACUAAAGGAAGCACAGCUCUUUCACCCAGGAGAUCUUCAGGACUUAUCCACAAGAGUUACAGUCAAGCAUCAAGAGACCAACAGGAGGCUGAAAAAUGUACUAAUCACCAUUUACUGGCUUGGUAGAAGAGCUCAGUGUGAACGUUUCUACGAUGGACCUUACCUGAAUUUUAAGGCAUUUGAGGGCUUAUUAGGAACAGCGCUAUACAAGGCUCUGCAGGAAUCGUCCAGUCAGAAAGGCAGCAACGUCAGAGACAGCGGUUUUGGAGAUAGCUGGUACUCGGAGCGAGAGGAGCUCUUCCAUCUGAGAGAAGGAGGAGGAGGAGGAGGAGGAGGAGGAGGAGGAGGACACAGGAGAGACAACUCCCUUGACAGCUUGGACUCUUUGGGCUCCCGACCCCAGAGCAUCUCAUCUGAAACCACUCUUAAAGGAAGCAGCGAGGGUUGUUGCAGUGACACUGAGGCAGACUCUGUCUUCAGGAUGGCUGACAACAAGGACAGUCUGAGUUACCGACGGUCAGUAAUCAUCACACCCAAGGCCACCGCCCAGUUUAACCAGUUUCUGCCCACUAAAGACAAAGCCUCAGGCUACGUGCCUGCUCCACUAAGGAAGAAACGGGCCGAACGCAAUGAGGACAGCCGGCGCAGCUGGGCCAACCCCAUUUACACAGAGGAUGAAGGCACACUCACCAGACAACAGCAAAUGCAAGAGAGUAUCGACGGGAGUAAAUCAACAAGCGAUAUCCAGGUUGACCCCACCGUCAUCCAGCAGGUUCGCUUCGAAGAGCUGCAGAAGUAUCGUGAGCGGAUAAAGUCAACUGAGGAUAAGUGGCAGGAUGACCUGAGCAAAUGGAAAAACCGGCGCAGGAGUGUCAACUCUGAUAUAGUGAAGAAGAAAGAGGAACGGGAGAAGAUAGAGGAGAUCACAUACAGCGGCAGAAGGUCCAAGACCUUCAAGGAGAUGCAAGAGGAGAGAGAAAAUAAAGGAAAGAACAGCAUUGGCGGUCGUCUCGCAUCUCUGUCUUACCUGGACGACGAAGACGUAUUUGAUACACCUGUCAUUGCCCCACGUACCCGGACCUUUCCUGCCAGGAGCUACACUAUUGACACUCCUUACUAUUCCUCUGAACCCCUUGAGCCUUCUCGGAAAGAGGCCGAACCCCCUGCUGCCUCCCCAGCGACUGGCAGGGCCGCUUCCCCUCCCACCUCAAUUGAAGUUGACAUUGUGGACAGUCCUGCAGGCAACGACGCCACAGCCACCAUCACUUCCACCAUCACUCCCACCAGCCGCAGCUUUUUCCACAGCUCCCACUCUCCAGCAGCAGCAGCAGCAGCAGCAGCACCUUUACAGAGGAGUCCAGUCUCAGAGCGCACCGGCACAGUCAAGACAGAGGAGACCACAACCACUGUCUCCUCUUCUAGCUCCCUGCAAAAGGUGCCUGAGCCAAGGCCCUCAUUGUCGCGCACACAGACUGAGGUGAGGGCCCCCUCCUCUGGUUCUUUGUACAAACAACAACCACAGCCCAGCUCAAUGGAACCCAAGCCUCCUGGGGUGUCUCGGGUUUCCGCAUCCCUUCCCAGGAGCUACCAGAGAUCCGAUAGCGCACGUCUGACCUCAGUUAUCGCACCAAGGCCCUUUGGGACCCAGUCGUCCCGCCUCACCUCACUUUCCCGAGCCGCUACAACGGACGACUCUCAGAAGCGUGUCAACGGCGACGCCACUGUUUCUAAGAAGUCGUCGGUGCCGAGCCGCUAUCACCAGUUCAUGACCUCUGAGGACGAGACUCGCUCUCAGUCCAGCUCAGCCCACAGCAGUGAGGACGAGGACGAGGAGGAGGAGGAGGAGGAGGAGGAGAAAGAAGAUAAGACCACAGCGAAGAGCAUCACCUCUACUCAGAGUGUCUCACCUGUCCCUCCUCAGAUCAAGAGUGAAGCCCCAGUCAGUGCUGCUCCAGCCAAAGAAACCAGCCAGGAGAACUACUGUGAGAUGCGGAUCAGCCUGAACCAGAAGCCCAACAGCAGCAGAGACUUUGGCUUCCAGGCAGCCUGGGACUCGACAGGAGCUCGCAUCACGUCCAUCCAGCUAGGCAGCCCGGCAGAGAUGUGCCAGCUUCAGGUCGGAGACGAGGUGUUAACGGUAAACGGGCACCAGGUGGCAGAAAUGAACUACCCAGACUGGAAGUCCUGCAUGGAGGAGGCUCUGCAGGAUGGCAGUCUGAUUAUGGAUAUACGCCAUCAUGGCAAGAACAACUGGGACAGAGAUCAACCUUCCCUGCCAUUUAAAAGCCAUAAGACCAUCAAUCUGACCAGUACGGAUCCAAUACUUCUAGGUUCCCCUGACAAAAACACUGUCAGCUCCAGUCUGGAUUUCACCUCACGCGCUUCCAUGGAAAAGCUGCCGUCCAAAGAGGCCCCCGCCCAUCCAGUUGUCGACGUGGCUUCAAACGGAGUUAAUGGAGGUUUCCGUGAACAGUCGGUGAUGAUGAGGAGCAAAGAGUCAGAACCCAUAUCUUUGAAAAACUUAAAACGGAGGUCAGAGUUUUUUGAAAAAGGUGGUUCAGGGUCCAGUGUCAGUGCGCUGGUCUACCUCUGUGGAGGAUCAGAGUCUGCAAUGCCAGAUAUACCUGUUCCUUCAAUCAUUCCUUCUUCCAGCCGCUGGUCCUGGGACCCAGAGGAGGAGCGCAAAAGACAAGAGAAAUGGCAGAAGGAGCAGGAGCGCCUCCUACAGGAAAAAUAUAAGCGCGACCAGGAGAAGUUGCAGGAGGAGUGGAUGAAGGCUCAGCAGGAGGUUGCCGAGAGCCUACAGCAAGAGGAGCCUGGGAGCCUGGAGGUGAUCAGACACAGCAUCAGCCCACUCUUGUCCCUCUCUACCGUCAACCAGCCCACCUCUCCUCUGUGGGAAGAGGAAGAGAGAAAGAGGAAGGAGGAGCAGGAGCACCAGAAGCAGGCGGAGGAGCAGGAGCGCCAGAGGCAGGCGGAAGAGAGGAGGAAGAGGGAAGAGGAGCGGGAGCUGCAGCGUCUCCAGGAGGAGAGAGAGUGGAAAGAAAGGCAGGAGGAGGAGGAGGAGAGGAAGAUGAGGGAGGAGGAAGAGCUGAGAUGGCAGAGGAGGAGAGAGGAGGAGAGGAAGGAGGAGAGGAGGCGGCAGGAAGCUGCCGAGCAACAGCGCAGAGAGCAGGAGAGAGCCUUCAAGCAGCAGCAGCAGUGGACAAAAUCUAAAUCAUCUCCCCAGCUUGAUGAAGAAGAAAAACCUCAGAGAAAAGUGACGGGCAGUGGAUUGGGUGAUAAAAGGAGUCAGCAGUCCGUGUCGCAGGCAGAGCAGGAGCGGCAGCAGAUCCUGAACGAGAUGAAGAAGAAGACUCCGCUGCUGAGGGACAAAAGCUGGAUCCGCGAGCGCUCCUCCACCACCACCACCACGAUCCAGGAGUCCGACGUGCCACCCAUGCGCAGAGGUGAGUCUCUUGACAACUUGGACGCCUCCUACAACUCCUGGCGCUCAUCAUGGACACCCAGAAGCAACUCUCACAUCCCAAACUACACUCGGCCUCACUCUGCCCUCUCUGGCAGCACUUCCUUUUACGGUGGUGGGUUGGGGGCCCAGCGGACCGGCUCCUCCACUCUGCCUUCCUCCUCCUCCAUGGGCUCCCUCCGAGGCGGGGCAGGAACCCCCUCGUCCCCUUGGUCCCGGCAGUCGCCUUCCCCCUCACCCUCCUCUCAGUCACCCACCACCUCUCCAGAGCCCACGUCUUCGGAGUCUGGCGCCCCCGAGCAGCGGAGCAGGUCAGUGAGUGGCAGGAAAAUCUGUACGUUCUGUGACACCGCACUGGGAAAGGGAGCAGCCAUGAUCAUCGAGUCCCUUGGGCUCUGUUAUCAUUUGGGCUGUUUUAAGUGUAUUGACUGUAAGUCGGACCUGGGAGGAUCGGAAGCCGGGGCUGAAGUCAGAAUACGAAACAAGCAGCUGUACUGUAACACCUGCUACAUGCGAUUCAAAGCUGGCCAGCCAACCUCUAUGUGACGUGACGGUACUCCAGCAGAUUGAUGAAGAGACUACUUGUGACAACAACCCAUGAGCAUUUAAGUGAACAUUGAAGCCAUUGCAAAUAGCUGGGACACUUGGUUUGGACAUACUUCCAUUUAUGACUCUAGAAAAUCUCAGUUGAAUCACUGAUGAUAAUUAUAUUUGUGGUUUUUGAGAGGGUUUGCUUGCAAAGACGUUAUCUACUUUACUGCGUUUAUAUCAUAUUAAGUAUUACAGUUGUACAAAAUGUAAGGGUUCUGCAUGCACCAGACUUUUAUGUUUUAGCCACGAAACUAGUCAAAACGUUAAAUUGUCUAUAAGAUUAUUGAGGCAGAUCUUUGUAAUGUUCUUCAGUGAGAAAGAUUUUAGAGAUCUUGAGAGAGUUUUCAAGGUUUCAAUCUCUUCUUACUCAUGCUUCUUUUUCCAGUGAGUCUUGUGGUAUUGACACGUUUGUCGACCAAUGUAUUCCUAUCAUGUCUAUGUGCCUUUUCGUUUGUAACAGGGAGAAGUAAUUAAGAUUAUUAGAUAUCUUUCAAAACAUAUUUAAAACGGUUUGCUUGGAUGGCACUUACCUGGAGUUUUCACUUAUAGAUGGAGGAUUGUACACACAAGCAGGUUUCCUCGUGAAGAUUAUAUCAUACAGAAUGGCAUUGAGGCAAACAGUAACAUUUGUAAAUAAAAUGACUAAAUGCGCUCAUCUCA